CUUCAUUCCCAGCUAUGUCGAUCUCUCCCUCGCUGCAUUAUAAUACUAUCCUCCUGCGAUCGAAUGCUCGCAUCCUUGCCCACAUUAUUCUCUAAGUUGUAUUGGGAGUUGGGGCUUCGGAAUGAUUGUGGAAUAAUACUUGGUUGUAAGGGAUAUACUGGGUAGGAGGCACAUGGUAUUUUGAAGUUGGGUAAUGCUGUGGAGCAGGGGGAUAGUAUUGUGAUAAUGGUGGAUAGAAUUGGGAAGAAGGGGGUAAUUGGGGGACCGAGGGUUCAGGAGGAAGAUGCUGCAUUUGAACAGCAUGUGACGGAUAUAUUUGAGAGGGGGCAGGAUAUUGUGACCGAGAAUGCUUUUUUGGACGAAGAUUGGGCUAUAAAAUAUGACCAACUUCAUUCGGUACCUCGACAAGAUCUUCCUCAUUUCCUUCCUCAUCAUCGCUAUCUGGGACAAGAACUCUUCUGUCUUCACCUGCAUUCUCAGCUUCUUGGUUUUUGUCGACCCUUCGAGACGCUUGAACACGCGCACAGUCUUUGGUAUAGGCAAUCCAUGGGAUUUUGUAAACGAGCCACUGCACGGGUGUGAUUCUUCAAAGUCAUCGACACCUUCAUCGUAAUCACCCAAAUAUCUUUUGGCCAAAGUCAACUGCUCAGCAAGAAGCUUCAUUGCAGCGCGGGAUAUGGAGCCUUUUAACUAAACAAUUAUAUCAGCACGAUUACAAAAAGGACAGAAAGAAGGAAGGAACAUACCCGAACAAAAGUACUGGGAAUAUGUGUAGCACACCUCGUUCUCUCGAGCUCAAUUCUUUUCAAAAUUUUCAACCACUGCUGAUCAAAAUACGUACUUAGAGACCCAAUGACAAGCAGAAGAUCACCGUACUUGGUGUCAAUUGAUUUCUUAAGAGUUGCGUGCUGACCUUCUAAGCGUGAAUUACCGGUUUGUCCGAAGUGAAGUUGCUUGUUGAUAUAGGCAUGUACAAAGCGCUCCUUGAUUUCAUCCAAACCCCGGAUAUACGAGAUCGCUCGAGCAUAUUUCUGACCAGGAUAAAGUUCUUCCAUCUUCCGAUAACCUUCCUCAAGCUGCUCAUCCGAUUUUGCAUGUACACAAUACCGUACCCAAGCUUUGCAGAAAUUCGAGACAGCCAUGACGAUGUUCUCUUCGUCAACGAAACAGGGCCUUAUAUUGCUUUUGACAUUUUCUUGAAGAUGCCAGAAGCAGGAGAAGCGGUAAGCCUUGGGGAGGACAGACAUGAGAGCGUUGAUGAGUGCUGGGUCACGAUCGGUAAUGACAACCUUGACAUCCGGUUUGCCGACAAGUUCGAAGAACGAAUUGAGAGCUUGGGUAUACCAGUUUGUGGUUUCACGCAACAUCAAGAUGACUCCUGCAGUGUAUGUCAUACCUGUCGAUGUGGAUCCGACGAUAUGGAGCAUGGGCAUCCGGUACAGGUUCGUCUUGUAUGUGCAGUCGAAGAAAAGGACUUCGGGAAAUCGGUGAAUCAGUGCGCGAGCAGUUCGCUUGGUGUAAACCAAACCAAUGAGUUCAUCGCGUGUGUUGACAAACGGACGAUGGAGCUCAUCAUUGCUCACUAAUUGCCGAAUACAAGCAGCACUUGCACUGGAGCCAGCACGGAGAUCUGCACGACGACGAAAGGCGAGACGAUGCAAGUCUUCCGAUGUCAACAUUACCGUUGGGAAACGCUGAGACAUGGUACUGAUGAUGGAGGGGAAUGGAGUCCGGCUGUCGAUCAACGUGUUGAUCAGCUCUUUGGCUUCAGGCGUCCGCGAAGCACGCCGAAGAAGUGCAAUUCCAAUAUUGGCGACAGGCGGAUGAUUGUGCGAGGCAUUCACGACCUUCCAAGUCCAACAUUUGUCUCCACCAUGCUCUUUUACCUCUGCCUCUGCCAUCUCCCAAGCCACAGCAGCAAAAGGGCAUCCAUUUUUUACGGUCUGUAUAGUCCUAAUGCGCACAUCUUUGAAACUGUCCCCUCGUGUGCAGCGAUACUCGUCUCCAAAGAUGCACGAGUAUUGUAUCAAUUCUCUGCCCUCUUUGUGAGUUUUCGUUGGCUUCUUCCUUUUGCUCCGCCUAAUAACAGCAGCGAAGCCUUGUGAGGCUGCGUAAGCCUGGACAGCGCCUUUACACUCAUCUUUAGAUUGGUAGUACGCUUGCUCGUCGAACCCAGGGGUAGAGAUCAUCUCGUCGUCGUUGAAGGAGUCAAUGGGAGCCUGGAUAAUGUCAUCCUCACUAUCCUCUUCGUCGGCAAUAUUGGAGACUUCCGAUGAAUCCGAACCUUCCAUGGCAUGGAGAUUACCUUCAUCAAAAUCAAACGCCAUUGAUUGAUGUCCCGAGUAUAUUUCGGCCUCUGGGACGCGGAUAAUAGGAGAAGGUGGGCAGAUACCGGGUUGGGGAGAAAGAGGAUCCGAAGAGUGCAAAUCAGUCGAAGCCAUGAUGUUUUCGAAUACGUUAUAAGUUUCUUA